AUGUCGCCCCGAAGCCAGAAUGCCGGCGCCCCUCCGUCUACAAGGUCAUCCACAAACACGCCUUAUCCUCGUCGUCCCUCAGGCCAGCCAAAGUCCUCGCGCCAGCAGUUCUCUGCAUGUGGUGCAUGUCGGAUGCGGAGAGUGCGCUGUGAUCUCAAAGACCUCCCCCUUGACCAGGCUGGACCGUGUCCAUCAUGUUCAAAUUGUAAAGAACGCGGGCUGAAAUGCGUAGACGAAUUCGCCGACGUGAAAUCAGUAAAGUUGCUCAGACGGGGCAGACGGCUCCAGCAGGUAGAGCGGAUUUACGGCAAAGUCUCAGAUCCUGAUAGCGCAGAAGGCUCCUCCUCUUCCUCGUUGCCCUCUCACGCUCGACCACGGACAAUCCCCGGCCUCCAGCCAGAGUUCUUCGCCUCUCCAUUUUGGCGAUGGUUCAGCACGCAACGACCCAUAUUUGAUUCGACCGAAUUUCCCGCACGUUUCUUAGCUCACACCAAAGGGUCUCAGAUUCUGAGCUUCGAAGGGCAAAUAUUAUCUAUGCUCCUGGUGGUAUGGGCAUACUCCUUCGGUGUCAACGAACGUGGACUCGAAGAAGCCAGCAGCUACGACUUCCUUUCCCUGUCUUCUGCCCCAGAUUUCGAGAGCCUCACCCCUACCUCCCCACGCAACACCCGCCGAGCCAGCGUUAACAUUCCACCCGAUCGCGAGCUCUCACAAAACCUCAAAAGCGGACUCGAUCAUCGGCGCCACGAACGCAGGGAGAGGACAGACUCCAUGCUGCGUGAAGUGAUGGAACUCAUCGACGCGCAUUCUGUGAUGCGCCACCCGACCUGGGAUGGUGUGCGCAUCUUGCUUUUAAUUCUACCUUUGAUGGAAGAGUCCCAUCACCUAGAUAGGUUGAUGAUGUAUGAGGCAGCCCUGGCCCAGAGUCAUGCGUUAUGGACACUUCCAUCCUCCUCCGGCCCCUCGCCGUUCUCACAAGUGCCAGACGAUGCUAUGGUCCGUCUGCGCGUUUAUUGUUAUGCACACAUCCAAGAAGGCAUUGCUGGUGGUCUUCGAGGGGGACGUCUCACGCUCGACCCCGAAGACCUUGCCACUAUCCAACAAUCGCUGUUAUCUCCUGGAUAUACUGGGGAUACAAGUCACCCUGGAUCACCUACAUUCACAGCGGCCGCGGAAACCUCUUCUCAUUCCGUGAUUACAACGCAAUCAUGCUCGCGCGCUCGAACCACCCCUCCUGUCUCUUACUGGCACCCCAACUAUGUGUUCUCCCUCCCCCUUCGCCUCAGCAGCGUAUGCCGAGAUAUUCACGCCGUCCUGACGGGUGCCAAGGCCGCGAGAUGCCAGCUCGAUAUCGAUGCUGAAGGGAUGCGUAGGAUCUGGGAUGGUCUUGCUAAUUGCUGGGACGAUUUCGACACCGUGCGUCGGCAAGGCACGUCCAAUGUCACCGAGGACGGCGUAGAUUUGGACCGAUUUGCUAGCGCGUGGCAGAUAUUCAUCUUCGAGUGUCAUAAUAUUAUCCGGGAGACUUUGAAGCACCGCCUAACGCGAAAAGCAUGCUCACCGCCGCUCUACUCAGCCAACUCCCCGGAUCCAUCCUCACAACAUCCCGCCUCCUCCACCCACAACCUCCACGCUAUCGCGCUACAUCAUUGUUCCCGCCUCCUUCCGUCGAUUAUUUCCAUCGUUAAGCACCACCUAGAGCGCGGCACAAGGGACCCCGACGGUGCAUCUCUAUUCAAAUGGGACACAGGUCUUGUCAAGGACGGUGUCUUCUUUGCCGGAAUACUUGCUGCCGGCGGUGAAAGCGAUCUACAAAACUCUCGUGACGACCACACUUUCAAGCAGGAGGACAUCGAAAGUCUCACCUUUAGCGCGAAGGCUGAGAGCGCGCAGCUUUGCCUACGGGCCCUUUCGGAGAUGCGAUGGGCAUAUGCGAAGAGCGAGGACCGUGUCGAUACCAUUGAGCACAUCUGGGAGAACAGUCAUCGGAACAUGCAGCUCGCACCGACAGCUGAGUACACCUCUUCCCAAGACAUGACUCCGUUCCGCCAUCAGGAUCAACAACGUCUUUGUCCCCUUCCGGUCUACACUUACAACAAAGCAGUGAUACAGAGCGGCCCGCAUCUUGGGCUUCCUUUGUCAACGCUGAAUGAGCGGUCGGGACGACCACCGCUCAGCGUAGCUUUGUCGCCCCGUACCUACGCCGAAAGCGCACCCAAUACCGCUUGCAGCACGGACGGAAGUGCUCCGAUUGGAUGGGCAUCGUACACACCUCCGGGAACUGGGACUUCGGCCACCACCAGUACCAGCACUGGCUUCAGCGGAAGUGAUUCCCCCGUAUUUCCCGCUCGACUAGCGGGCAAUUCCAUGCCAGCCUUCAAAGAAGGGCUCGACGAUGGCUUCUACAAUGUUGCGACCGCGGAUAUCGAACCGCAGUUUACCUACAACGCACCGAUGGGGGCUUCCGGCCAUGGUCUAGCUGAGCCACUCGGAUACAACCAUCAUCGGCCGUCAAGUCAUCAUUCUCAACAUGGAGUCGGCUCCAAUGCGGGAUAUCUAGAAUCUGUCGGGAUGUACAUGUCCACGGGAGCCUCUCAGGUUCUAGCCCAUGCCGCGGAAGAAAUGAAUACGGUCACACAGUUCACGGACUACUACUAA